GGAGGAGGUGCGGAGGUCGUCCAUGGCAUUCUCGGCAGCAGCCGUGGUUUGGACGGCGCGGGGUUAGCGGAGAAGAUGGGGAGAGGUUAGCGAUGGGAGCCGCGUGGAGGGAGGAGGUGUGGAUCUCGCCGGCGCGCGCUCCGCCUCGUAUCUCUGGCCACCUCUGGUAGCAGCUCGCCGGCGCAUAGUCGACGGGAGCCGCGGGGCGCGCUCGGACGACGGGGGAGCAGCUGGGGAGCGAGAGAGCGGAAGAAGAAGGCAACCAUAGCGAAGGAAUAAGGUGGGGUCACGGUCUGUUCUGGCCACAUGAUGACUCCCAAUCGAACGUCCCGCGCGCGACCGGCCCAAUGUUCGGCCGGCGCGCCGGGUAUAAACUUUUCCGCAAGAUUAAGGUAGCCAGCCAGCGAGGAGGGUAGCCGCCAACAUGGGCUGCGGCAUGAGCCGCCUCCUCAAGGCCACCGCCGCUCUCGUCAUACUCGUCCUUCUCUUCAUGCCCGGGGCCAUGGCAGCCGCCGCCGCAAGCUUCGACGCCUCCCGGACACAGCAGCUGCCCCUGCCGCCCGGAGAAGUGCACGGGCCGGAGAGCGUCGCCUUCGACGCUCAGGGCCGAGGCCCGUACAGCGGCGUAUCCGACGGCCGUAUCCUGAGGUGGAAUGGGCCCAAGCUCGGCUGGACAACAUACGCCUACGGACCAGGCUACGACAGCGAAACGUGCACGACAUGCAGGUUUGGCACGGAGGCGGACAUAGAGAGCCGCUGCGGCCGCCCGCUUGGCCUGCGCUUCAACGAGAAAACGGGCGACCUCUACGUGGCCGAUGCGUACAAAGGGCUUAUGCGUGUGCCGCCCGGCGGUGGGGAGGCCACCGUGUUGGCCGACCAGAUUGAUGGCAUGCCGUUGCGCUUCACCAACAGGGUUUACGUCGAUCAAGUCACCGGUCAAGUCUACUUCACCCACAGCUCGAUGAACUACGACAGGUCUGAACACGAGAUGGUCACCAAGACGGGGGACUCCACGGGCCGCCUCAUGAUGUAUGAUCCACGAACAUCGGACGUCAUCAUGCUCCAACCUAGGAUGACAUACCCGAACGGUGUCUCGCUCAGCACCGACCGCACGCACCUCGUGGUCACAUCUACCGGCCCAUGCAAGCUGCUGAGGCACUGGAUAAGAGGGGUCGACGCGGGCAAGUCCGAGCCAUUUGCCGACCUGCCGGGCUACCCAGAUAAUGUCAGGCCCGACAGGAAAGGAGGUUAUUGGGUGGCGUUGCACCGUGAGAAGAAUGAGUUGCCCUUUGGCCUUGAUAGCCAUCUUCUUGCUGUCAGGGUCGGGGCUGAUGGGAAGAUAGUCGAGCAGAUGAGAGGGUCAAAGAAAGUCAGGCCAACCGAGAUCAUGGAAAGAGACGACGGCAAACUCUACCUGGGUUCGGUGAAGCUUCCUUAUGUCGGCGUAGUAAAAAGGAAGUAGAGAGAA